AUGCGAGGUUUUACAAUAGCUUGUAUACUUGGAAAUAAUCAUCCAUCAACAAUAACAAAUAAUUUAAAAAGAAAAAAUUCCGAUGAUAAUGAUGAACAUCAAUCUAAUAAACGACAAACAAUUGAAAGUAAGAAUAAAUACAUUUUUAUUAUUAAGAUAUCAUUUCAAUUAUUUUCUGUUAUAUUAUACAUACGCGAUAUAUAUUGAUAUAUAUAUAUA